AACAUGUUUCAGACUGUUUUAUAUAAAAAGGGCGGGGCUGGGUGUCCCUACUGUACUCAAGGACAUUUGCUUUCAAACAGCUGCUUUAUCCGAAAAAAAUAUACCCAGCAACAAGCAUGAGACCUCAGUCCCAAAAAUAACCCGCCUGGAGGUCACAUCAACUCAUAAUCAACAUGAGAGAUGAUGCCAAGAUCGCAGGUGCCACCAACCCGGAUUAAAAUCGUGACUACAUUUCCAGCAUAGUCUAUUAUUUAAGCAAAGACCCUCAUAAAGCCCCUCGAAAUGAAGCCCCCGUGCCUAUAUGACGCAGCAAGGCUCUCCACAACGCUGAUAGCCAUAUUAAAGGCAGCCGCCCUCCACCCACCCAUCAAUCUGAUGUGAAGAUCGAAAAUAGGAGGGCUUACAUGACUCUGCUCCACCACACUGGAGGGCGAGGAAACGCGUGGCAUCUUCCAGCAUCAGCACUGCCACGGUGCAGUGAACAGCAUCAUCCAUGCGUUUACCUCACAACAGCGGACAAUAAGCAGGAUAUACACGCGCUUUUUCCCGGGAUUUGAGCAGAAUCUGCGGAUGACCAGCAAUGGGGGAAUGGACCAUACUAGAGAGACUUCUGGAGGCUGCUGUCCAGCAGCACUCCACUAUGAUAGGAAGGAUCCUACUGACAGUGGUGGUGAUCUUCCGGAUUUUAAUCGUAGCUAUAGUGGGAGAGACAGUGUAUGACGACGAGCAGACCAUGUUCGUCUGUAACGCCUUACAACCGGGCUGUAACCAGGCGUGUUACGACAAGGCUUUCCCCAUAUCUCACAUCAGAUACUGGGUCUUUCAGAUCAUCAUGGUCUGCACGCCCAGCCUGUGCUUCAUCACGUACUCGGUGCAUCAGUCGGCCAAGCAGAAGGAGCGGCGAUAUUCCACCGCCACCGUCCUCCUGUCGCUGGAUAGCAAAGAGCAAGAGUCCCUGAAGCGCGAGGAGAUCAAGAGCCAAAAGAUCAAGAACACCAUCGUGAACGGAGUAACGCACAGCGUGGAUAACACCACCAAAGACCCCGAGCCCGACUGCCUGGAGGCCAAAGAGCUGAUCACGUCGAGUUCGGGCAAGCCCGUCAAGUCGAAAAUGCGUCGCCAGGAGGGCAUCUCGCGCUUCUACAUCAUUCAGAUCGUGUUCAGGAACGCGCUGGAGAUCGGCUUCCUGGUGGGCCAGUAUUUCUUGUACGGAUUCAACGUGCCCGCCGUGUACGAGUGCGACCGGUACCCGUGCAUCAAAGAGGUGGAGUGUUACGUGUCCAGGCCCACGGAGAAAACCGUGUUCCUCGUCUUCAUGUUCGCGGUGAGCGGCUUUUGCGUGGUGCUCAAUCUGGCCGAGCUCAAUCACUUGGGCUGGAGGAAGAUCAAAACGGCCGUGAGGGGCGUCCAGGCCCGAAGGAAGUCCAUCUAUGAGAUCAGGAACAAAGAUCUGCCCCGCAUGACCAUGCCCAAUUUCGGGCGCACUCAGUCCAGUGACUCUGCCUACGUGUAAUCCAGGCUGCGCAGAGAGCGCACAGAAGAAAUCAAAAAAACACCCCACGGACGAGUCCCUUCGCCGCGUAAGGUACAU